UACAGUUUCAUAGCGGACAAACGAAAGAGGGAGGCUACGAGGGAGAGCCUUCAAGUGCCCGAAAACUACACUACCCAUAAUUCCCGUCGACAACGUUCCGUAAAGUACGUGCGCUGACGUGCGACACGAUCACGGAGUGGAGCGACGCUGUGUAAUCUGUGCGUUUCCGACCCAGAUUGUGGCAGAUUUUGUGUUGAUUUAGGGGCUCCGACAGCUGCCAUGUGACCGCAGUGUGACAGGACGCACGACAGAGCCCACUCCCACGGCCUAACUGUAUAGUGAGACUAAAUAAAGACAAUAAACACUAAAGAACGAGAACCGCCGGCGUAGGGACGGGUUCGACAUAAAAAAAAUGAGCUAAUCUUAAAACCGGAGUGAAAUAAUUUACCAGCUUUUAAUUUAAAAUUCAGGAACGGAAAAGAUCAAGAAUGUUUGUCCGAGCAGCGAGCGGCAGUGCAGCGUCGCGCGGGCCCCUGCCGAGUGCGGCCGUUUCCCGGUAGGUUGCUAGGAGACCGGGCCUCAGCACGCGGAAACCGUUAUUUAGCGCGCGACUCAGCUUCCCGCCGCCUCUCAGUUUCCUAGCGCGCGCCGCGCUUUCGGUUCCGCUCCGGCUCGAGGUGCUCUGUGUGUGUGUGUAAGAACGAGCGUUAUGAUAUAAAUUUGUCCCCAGAGUCAAGUGGUGUGAACUGUGGCUGAGUCUCUCUGUGCUCCUGCGGCCCCAUCAUCAAUCAUCCAUCCCAUUCCAUUCCAUUCCAUUCGUUCCUUCCAUCAUCGGGGUGGCCCUUGUUUUCCCCGCCGGGCCCGGUCGGUCGGUCGGUCCCGGCGGGUCACAGUCACACAGCUUCCUCCUGCCGCGCGAGUAAGCAAAGCGGUAAACGGACAGGACAGCAGUGGUGUCCGGUUCAGCUCCUCCUCGGCAAGAGAGAACGAAAUGAAACGGACUAUUUUCGGGAACAGAGGAGGAGGGCGAGACGAGAGGCAGCUACGCCAGCCAGGUCCUGUUGCCUGCAGCCUGGUGGAUGUGAAGCGCGCGCCCCUCCAGUGCUCUGUCCCACAAUGCAGGAGGUGCUGCUGGAGAAGGCGCUUGUCAGCAAUGACGCUGGCAGCAGGCUGGUGACUGAAGAGAACCCUCCUAACCCGGAGUCCAUGUCCUUUGCUGUGAACAUGUUUAAGGGGCACAUCAGCACUGCACAGGUGUUUCCCUUCCCCUCAGUUCUGAAUGAAGAGCAGACUCAGUUCCUCAGAGCGCUGGUGGGGCCUAUCUCCAGAUUUUUUGAUGAGGUGAACAACCCGAUGAAGAACGACGAGCUGGAGCAGGUGGAGGAGAGCACCUUGCAGGGCCUCAAGGAGAUGGGGGCCUUUGGCCUUCAGGUGCCUGCCGAUCUUGGCGGCCUGGGCCUUAGCAACACUCAGUAUGCCCGGCUCGUGGAGAUUGUGGGCAUGCACGACCUCGGCGUGGCCAUUACCCUGGGUGCCCACCAGUCCAUCGGCUUCAAAGGCAUCCUGCUGUUCGGCAGCCAAGUCCAGAAGGAGAAGUACCUGCCCAGGCUGGCUUCAGGAGAAACCAUCGCUGCCUUCUGUCUCACGGAGCCAGCGAGUGGCACUGAUGGAGCCUCCAUGAGAACCAGGGCCAUCCACUCCUCCUGUGGCCAGUAUUACACCCUCAACGGGGGCAAGAUUUGGAUCAGCAAUGGAGGCCUUGCUGAGAUAUUCACGGUUUUUGCAAAGACACCAGUGUUGGAUGAGAAGACUGGGGACAUAAAGGACAGGAUCACUGCCUUUAUUGUGGAGCGAAGCUUCGGUGGAGUCACAAAUGGUCCACCAAUGAGGAAGAUGGGAAUCAAGGCCUCCAACACAGCGGAGGUGUACUUUGAGAACGUACGCGUGCCGGCCGAGUGCGUGUUAGGCGAAGUGGGCGGCGGUUUCAAGGUGGCCAUGAGCGUGCUCACCAACGGGCGCUCGGGCAUCGCCGCGGCACUCUCCGGCACCAUGAAGGGGGUCAUUGCCAAGGCGGUAGACCAUGCUGCUGGCAAAACCCAGUUCGGGAGCAAGAUCCAAAACAGUGGAGCAGUACAGGAGAAGGUGGCCCGCAUGGCUGUGCUACAGUAUGUCACGGAGUCAAUGGCCUACAUGGUCAGUGCCAACAUGGACGGUGGCUCUGCGGAGUUCCACGUUGAAGCCGCCAUCAGCAAGAUUUUUGCCUCUGAAGCUGCCUGGGCCGUGACUGACGAGUGCAUACAGAUCAUGGGAGGAGCAGGCUUCAUGCAGGACUCGGGUGUGGAGAGAGUGAUGAGGGAUCUGCGGAUCUUCCGUAUCGUCGAAGGGACCAACGACAUCCUGCGGCUCUUUGUGGCUCUCAGCGGGCUCCAGAGCGCAGGAGCCGAACUGAAGGUCCUGCAGAGGGCACUGAGGAGGCCGCUGUGCCACGCCGGGCUGCUGACCAGGGAGAUCGGCAGGAGGGCCAAGAGGAAGGCGGGCCUCGGACCGGGACGGACCCUUCAGGGAGCUGUGCACCCGGCGCUGUCGGCCAGCGGCGCGCUGGCAGCGAAAGCCAUAGAGCGUUUUGGAGGCGUCGUUGAGGACCUGCUUCUCAAGCACGGCAAACAGAUCACAGAUGAGCACUUCGUUCUCAAGAGAGUGGCUGAUUGCGCCAUUGACCUCUACGCCAUGACGGUCGUCCUGUCCAGGCUGGACGCAGACCGAUUAAAACGGACCCGCUACCUCUUCUUUCCCAACCUCGUCCUGCUCAACGUCUCUUCCCACUCUGUGCGUCCCUCAUCCUCGCUGUCCUGCUCAGGCUCACGAGAGGAUCCUGCGGGACCUGAAGGCUCUGGGCUCCAGCAACUCCAGGGGGCUCCUCAGCAACGUGCGGGACAUCUCGGCGGCCGUGCUCCGGCAUGGGGGCGUGGCCUCCAUGCACCCUCUGGGCUUCUGAGCGCCGCUGCCCAAAGUGUCCACUGGCAGACAAAGCCCUGGUGGACAUGGAGGAGCUUCUGCAUCUGGUGCUUCAUUCUCUGCUUGCAGGAAGAGAUGCUGCUCUCCGUCAGCGCAUUGCUUUCUCUACUGUCCAUCUGUUCCUUUGCUAUCCUCCAUGUCCAUCCCCCCCGUCCCCCACAUGUGUGGUGGUCUUUGGUGGUGUUUCAUGCUCUGGAGAAGGUGUGUGUGUGUGCGUGCGUGCGUGCGUGCGUGCGUGCAAACCUUUACCACAGGGCUUGUGCUGUAGCACUUGAUCUUUUCUAUACACGAACAUGUGUCUGCGUGCAGCUUCCGGUUUAUUAUAGUUGCCUCUGAAAUUCCAGUAUUGAUGUCGACCAAAUCGGUCAAGGUCCUGUGAAGUGGUGCAUUCUGGGACAGCUGUCUGCAGCAGCCCCCCCCCCCCCCCC